AUGUUUGGGGACUUGUUUGAAGAAGAGGAAGAUUUCUCAUUUCUAUCAAACAGCACAACCAGUAAUGGCAAAAAGGCAAAACCCAAAGAUUCUGACGUACUGGAACCACGUGGAGAGACCAGACUAAGUGGCCUUAGGAACCAGGGAGGCACUUGCUAUCUAAACUCUCUGCUACAGACUCUGCUUUUCACCCCAGAAUUUAGAGAAGCCCUUUUUGCCUUGAGCCCUGAAGAACUUGGAUCCCUGGAAGAUAAAGAUGUGGCAGAUUCCAAGGUUCGGAUCAUUCCAUUACAGUUACAGCGACUUUUUGCUCAGCUUCUCCUUGUGGAUCAACAGGCUGCAUCAACCACUGACCUCACAAACAGCUUUGGCUGGGACAACAGUGAGGAGACCGGCCAACAGGAUGUCCAGGAGUUAAACCGGAUCUUAUUUAGUGCCUUGGAAAGCUCUUUGGAGGGCACCUCUGGCCACAACCUCAUCAAGAAUUUAUACCAUGGCACAGUGGUAAAUCGUAUUACGUGCCAGGAGUGUGGUUAUGUUAGUGAGAGGCAGGAAGAUUUCCUGGACCUUACAGUGGUUGUGAAGCAUAUGUGCAGCUUGGAGGAGUCUUUAUACAACAUGUAUGUGGAGGAAGAAAUAUUUGACGGUGAC